UUCUUUUCACUUCUUGAUAUAUAUAUUUCUCAGUCGCUUAAGCUUUGGUUCACAAGCCUGUACAUAGCAAUACAACGCGAAACAUCAUCGCGAACUUCUUUCACACCCGCUAUUAGUUAUCUUAUCCCGUGAUUGCCUGCAGUGCCUAGUCAAUCACGUGGUAUUGUGGUCCGUGCUACAACAAACAAACACCAAACCACCACAACCUCGCACCAAGACAACGAUCGUCACUUCUACCUGACUGUGGGAGCUACGGAACAAUUCUAAACGGUUCACCCAAAUCGAAUUCAAUAUGGCGAGCGAAGACGACGGAGCGCUCUCCUCCCGUCAGAAAGACUACAGCACAUAUGCAGGCUUUGCCAACGAUCCAAUGCUUUCUGAUGUCAGGAUUAGAUAUGGUGAUGCGGGCGAGCGAGUUUUCCAUGGCCACCGCAUUCUAUUCGCCACUCAGUCUGAAUGGUUCAGAGCCGCAACCUGUGGCAAUUUUGCUGAAAGCAACAUGUCGGAGAUUACCUUGAAAGACGGCAAUACCGACGCACUAGAGCUAGUACUAGCGACUAUGUAUUCGCCAAGAACUCUCCGUGAGAUUAAUUCGGGAGGAGAUAUGUCGGAAAAUGCCAUUAGCGCACUGUGUGCCUACAAGGUUGCCGACAAAUAUAUAAUGAACGACGUGCGGGCAUUUUUCAAAUCUCGAUUCGCGUACAGCAUUGAGAAUUUAGUCUCGACUGUUGUUCAAGAUGACUUCAAUACCCAAUCAAAGAUAUUCAUCAACGUACUGGAGGAGCUCUACGAUCAGACCAUUGACGCGAGCAAUACGCAACACGAGCUGAGUAAGUGUCUUUUGGGCAAAAUAUGCUUUUGGCAGAACGGUAUCUUCAAAAAUCACCUGGGAAAGAUCCAUGAAUUGGUGACAGCCAGCGCCAAAGAGGUUCCAGUAUUUAGCCAACAUCUGGUUGUUCACCUAAUGAAGAAUCACGAUACGGCAGGUUGUUUCAAGCAAGAACUAUCAUGGGCGUGCCCGGUCGUCUGCGGUCAUUGUGGGAAUAGCUGGAUGCUGGAUUACAACGCUUCCAUCAGCACCGAAGGCCACUGUUGGCAUUGCGGGAAACUCAAUCGAGAUUUGCAAUCUCGCGAUAGGCAAUGCAUGCGGAAAGACGGUUGUGAAUGCCAUGGGCUUUGUGGAUGGGGAUGGUGA